AUGGCAGCUUGUCUCGCCCGGCUGGCCGGCCACAGUGCCAAACGUGUCUGCUUGCGACCCGCACUUUCGCAAACCACACUCCCACGAACGUCGCGAUCAUUUUCAGCUGUCUCAUCUCGAAGAUACGCGGCACCGUACGAAGGCACGAAGCUGAUUCCCGUCAACGAGGACUUCGCACACCCCACGCAAGAUGGCCAAAACGUCAACAAAGUCCCAGAUUCGAACCUUGAACACACUACCGAAGAAGACAGGAAGAUUAGGCAUUACACUGUAAAUUUUGGCCCUCAGCAUCCGGCCGCACACGGCGUGUUACGGUUGAUUUUGGAGCUCAAUGGAGAGGAAAUCGUACGCUCAGAUCCGCACGUCGGACUGCUGCAUCGAGGGACGGAAAAGUUGAUUGAAUAUAAGACAUAUCUUCAGGCUCUACCAUAUUUCGACAGAUUGGAUUACGUAUCUAUGAUGACCAACGAGCAGUGUUUCUCGUUGGCCGUGGAAAAGUUAUUAAACAUUGAGAUUCCGGAGCGUGCGAAAUGGAUUAGAACAUUGUUUGGCGAGAUCACCAGAAUCCUGAACCAUUUGAUGUCGGUUCUAUCCCACGCGAUGGAUGUCGGAGCUUUGACGCCUUUCUUGUGGGGUUUCGAGGAACGUGAGAAGCUCAUGGAAUUUUAUGAGCGUGUAUCAGGCGCUCGUCUUCACGCUGCCUAUGUCCGUCCCGGAGGUGUUCACCAAGAUAUGCCAGUUGGACUCCUGGAUGAUAUCUACCAGUGGGCUACCCAAUUUGGAGACCGUAUCGACGAAACCGAGGAACUCUUAACUGACAACCGUAUCUGGAUCGGCCGUACCAAAGGUAUCGGAGUCGUGUCUGCUGCUGAUGCGUUGAACCUUUCCUUCACAGGUGUCAUGCUUCGUGGCUCCGGAGUCCCAUGGGAUAUCCGAAAGAGCCAGCCUUAUGAUGCCUAUGACCAGGUCGAAUUCGACGUCCCAGUCGGUGUCAAUGGUGAUUGCUAUGACAGAUAUCUCUGCCGUAUGGAGGAAUUCCGACAGUCUCUCCGUAUCAUCCACCAAUGCCUGAACAAAAUGCCUCCAGGACCCAUCAGAGUUGAAGACUACAAGGUCUCACCACCGCCAAGAGCCGCCAUGAAAGAGAACAUGGAAGCCCUGAUCCACCACUUCUUGCUGUUCACCAAAGGUUACACCGUGCCCCCAGGAGAGACAUACUCGGCCAUCGAGGCUCCAAAGGGAGAGAUGGGAGUAUAUGUCGUGAGUGAUGGUAGCGAGAGACCAUAUCGCUGCAAGAUCCGCGCACCAGGUUUCGCACAUCUUGGAGGUUUCGAUCAGAUUUCGAGAGGCCAUUUGCUUGCUGACGCGGUUGCUAUUAUUGGUACAAUGGAUCUGGUGUUCGGAGAAGUCGACCGAUAA